AUGAAGGGUAUUGCUGUCGUCGGGCUUGUGGCGUCUCAGCUGGCAGCGGUCACGGCGUUACCGCCUCUUGGCUAUGAGAGAAAGCUGGUCCGAGAAGCUUUAACCGCACGAGAUGUAUCUGGCAUCUCGUGCAGUGACGGGCCGGCACCUGUAGCCACAGCUCCUAAAACGAACGUUUGGGCUCCUAUCACCCCCGAGGAUAACAGAGCAGUAUGGGACCUACUAUACAACCCUGCAACGGGUCUCAACCUGACACUGCCUGAUGAUGCUACUGUGACUGACAACUAUAUCUUCUGGAUCGAUACGAUACAUGCCAAUAAAACUGGUGUUCUACCUUACCUUGACGGAGAUGGACCUUUGCCUCCAAAGUAUGCUCGAGUGGUGAUAUUCGAGGGUUCACGUUCAGAUCCAGGCUCGCAGGAGUACAUGGUCGGCCCACUACCAGUCGGCAACACAACAACAAUACAGCCAUAUGACUAUGCUUUUAACGGAGGAUCAGGUGGUUAUGUACCAUUCAAUGCACGUUAUGUUGAUAGCACCAAAUCAGCCAUUGUCACUCCUUUAAUGACAGCGAUCAUGACCAACAUCUCCGAUAUUACUCAGGCACUAUUCAACGCGUCCUACUUCGGUCCAUCGAAUAGAAGCACAACCUUGACGACAACUGCAGGCACACCAGUGAGCUUUGAUGGUACUCAACAAUUCCGCAACAUCAUGUUUCGUAUCCCAGGCGUCGCAAGCUACAUGACACCGAUCGACUUCUUCUUGCUAAUCAAUUGUCCUGGCACUGACCCAAGCAAGUUCAGUCUCAAGGGUUUCGUGACCAACGAGCAAUUCUUUGAGACCGAGGCUGACCUCCGAGCUGCAUUCGAAGCAGGCGAGCUGGCCCAGGAAUACACACAGACUCUUGAUCAAUCCUGGGCUUUAGUGGACUACAAGCCAGAGCUGGGAAGUCGUCCUUUCGAUAGACAACCUGCGCCGUCAUCGAUUGAGCUUGGCGGCAAACGUUAUGCUAUCGAUAUGAAGGAGAAGUACGUCGAGUACAUGGGAUGGUCCUACUAUAUGUCAUACACACGACUUCAUGGAAUAACAUUCUACGACAUCAAGUUCAAAGGCGAGCGCAUCCUGUAUGAAUUGUCUCUGCAAGAAGCGAUGGCUCAAUAUGCUGGAAACCAACCGAAAGCGGCAAACACAGUCUACCACGACACGUACUAUUCUCUUGGUGUAGACAUCGCUACUAUGAUCGAAGGCUACGAUUGUCCUUUCGGAGCUACUUUCAUGAAUGUCACCUAUCAUGAGCUUAACGCGUCGACUGUCAACCAGGACGCAGUGUGUCUCUUCGAAUCAGACUCUGGCUACCCACUAUCCAGGCAUCGAUAUGGAGGCGGCAAUACCAGUUAUCCAUUCACAAGAUUGGGAGUAACUAAAGGGUCUUCCCUCACUGUCCGAGCCAUCGCUACUGUUGGUAACUACGACUACAUGUUUGACUACUCUUUUCACGUCGAUGGGUCGAUUGAGAUUACGGUACGGGCUAGUGGCUACCUGCAAUCCUCUUUCUACUAUCCAGAUCAGGGUGCUUGGGGACCACGUAUCGCGCAAGCCACACAAGGCUCGCUUCACGAUCACAUCAUCAACUACAAAGCUGACUUUGACAUACUCGGCACGGAGAACUCCCUGCAGGUCAGUGAACUUGUUGUCGUUAACGUGACCCAACCUUGGUUCCCUGAGCUUGGCUCGUUCCCACAAAUGCAGCUCAACAAAUCGAUGAUGACGGUGGAGCAGCAAUUCAACUGGGCACCGAAUAACGAAGCAAUGUAUGUUGUUCUCAACGAGAAUGUCACCAAUGCUUGGGGCGAACCUCGAGGCUAUCGUCUUGUCCCUGGCAAAUCCGAUCUUCACUUGACCAUUCUUGACUCGCCUUGGUCUUUCAAGAAUUCCGAGUUCGCGAAAUCGCACCUCGCAGUCACACGUCAGCACGACACGGAGCCCUACUCAAACUCCUGGCAGAAUAUUAAUUUGCCUAUGGCUCCACAGCAUGACUAUAGCCUCUUCUUCGACGGUGAAUCUGUUGAGAAGGAAGACCUGGUCGUCUGGUUCAACCUCGGCAUGCAUCACUACACCCGUGCCGAAGACGUGCCAGUGACACUAUUCACCGAGGCGCAAAGCAGUAUCCAAUUCGCACCUCAAAACUUCUUCGAUAGAGCUCAGGAUGGCGACCUCUUGAACAGACGCUAUAUCGUAGUUGACCAGAGUACCGAGGAGGGAGUAUUGAACUACGAGGACUAUGGUGUGCCGCUGCCGCAGUGCAUGGUUGCACCGAGUGAGCCUGUGUUGGAGAUUAGUCCGACAUUGAGCUACGAAUUUGAGGCUGAGCUUUAG